AUGACGGCGGCGACGCAGGCGACAGGCGCCGCAGCCGCAGCUGCAGCUCCCCUCCGCUCCCUCUUUGUCCACACCCACGACGUCUCGCGCUCCCUCAAGCCCUCGUCGGACGGCGAGCUGGCCCACGCCCUUCACCAGACGCUCCACUUUGCCCUCGACGGCCACCACGACGACUGGGGCCUCCACACCGUCGGCCACAGCGGCGGCUGCGACCCGCUCGCAACCAUGCCGUCCACCUCUGACUCAACCUACACAAACGACCGCACUCAGGCAUCGCAGUCGCAGUCGCAGUCUCAGUCCCAGUCCCAGUCCCUGCCGUCGGCGCCAGCCUCAACGUCAGCGGCAGCCGCUUCGACCUCGACCUCGACCGACGACGCUGCUGCUGCCACAGCAAACGGCCAUCUGCGCGCACGACCCGGCUUCUUCCCCACCUCGGACCCGGAACGACCCUUUGUCUCGUACCUGUGGGACCAGCGCACCUCGACGCUGACGCUGCCCAACCCGUCGACCAUCAACAACCCCGUCGCCGACCCGUGCAGCCCGGACCUGCGCAGCGCCUACGAGAUCACGGGCAAGUUUUUCUACCUCUCGGAAAACACCGAGGCCGGCGGCGACCGCUUCCCGCCAGAGUGGAUCGACGACGCCUUUGGCCGCCUCACAAAGACGACGGGCCUCAUCACGCUCGAUACCUUUAUCGUCGCCUUCCCCACCCUCGACCUCGACGGCUUGCGCGCACGGGCGCUGCAGCGCACCCACUCUCGCCCCGACCAGCCCAACGGCGGCGGUCGCGCCCCACCCUGUGGCACUGGCGCCGGCGCCGGCGGCUGCGGAGGUCAGGAUAUCAACGGUACCCUCUCGAACGGCAGCGGCGAAGCGUCAGAGGAGCAGAGGCAGGCGCUCGGCGAGGUGGCCAAGGUGUGGCACUCGAUCUCGACCAAUCCGCAGUUCCUCUCGCUGGGCCUGUCGGACUUUUCGCAGCCCAGCCUCAGCCACCUCUUUAGCAUCCUCGACCCACCGCUGCAGCCGCUGCCGCCCUCUCAACAGCAGCGACCGCAGCCGCCACCUGGCGCAGCGAUCCCUUCGACGACGACGACGACGACGACGAACAAGGCGAACGGUGCCGAUGCGACGACGGCGGCGGCGGCGGGAGGCGCCGCUGCGCCGCCGAUGCAGCCGACGCUGUCCAAGGACCAGGCGACGGUGCUGGCGCCGUACAGCAUCCCGUGUGCCUCGCGGAGACCGAGGGUGGUGACGAUCAACGUCAAGACGGAUCCGUGCGGCUUCGACCGCUCGCUCAGCGCGUGGUGCGAGCAGGAGGGUAUGCUCCUCAUUGCGCACAGCGACCGACGAGACCCACUACCGGCGCGGACGCUGCCGACGCUACUCAACGAGUUCCACGACGAGCUGCCACACCCGCUGCCGCAUCGCGGCGCGACGCUCCGGCCCAAGUGGGUGCUCAAGUACACGACGCUGAUCCGCGACCGCGGCGUGCUCGCCGAUAAAGGGUACAUCCUCUUUGCUACUGUCGACUGA